GAUUUGGAAAGAUGUCUGCCGUUUGUGUUGUUUGACGUAAAUAUUGGUGAAAAUCGUGUUGUGUUCCUGUUGAGGUGGUGUUUUUGGUGCUAUUACAGAUUUAUAAUGUGUGUGAUCUUGCAGUGAUUCGUUCACAUGCGGCUGUUAUACAAAACUGGUCCAAUGGAGUCUCUCAGAAAAUGGUUCUACAAACCAAAGAGGGACGACCGGUCGCUGCUAGCCCAAUUCUUCUUCGCGGAUGACGCCCUCAACAUGGUUGCCGCAGAGCUGGACUCCUUCGACGGCCGGAAGGACCCUGAACGGUGCUCCACGCUCGUCAACCAACUGCGGCAUGCUCAGGACCGGGUGCUAAACAUCACGAGCCAGAUUAUGGAUCAGCUUUUGGGGGACGAGAGAGUGGCGCGCGGGUUCCGUGUAAAGUUUCCCGAAGACGUCUUACAGGACAACCUUGCUGGGCAGCUGUGGUUUGGUGCUGAGUGCCUAGCAGCUGGUUCUUCCAUAAUGAAUCGGGAGGAAGAGUCAGCGGCCAUGCGGCCACUCGCUAAGGCGCUCACGAGGAGUCUCGAGACCGUGCGCUCUCUCCUGCGAGAGCAGUGUCUGAGACCGCGCGAGCUGGCGCUGUCGCAGCAGGACGAUAUGUUGCACGAGAGCUUGAGGAUAUUUGACAGAUUAUUUGCGGAGUUCGAGCUGUGUUACGUGAGUGCGAUGGUGAACGUGAAGACGCCCCACGAGUUUGAAGCCCAGCAGCUCAUCUGUGUACUCUUCUCUGAGAGCUUGCGCAGGGCGCUGCAGCAGAACCUACUGACUCAGGAACAGGUGGACUCGUACGACCCAGCGCUGAUGUUCGCAGUGCCGCGGCUGGCCAUCGUCAGCGGCCUACUCAUAUACUCCAGCGGACCUCUCAGCAUUGACAAACCUCCAGAGGAGAUGUCGGACAUGUUCCGGCCGUUCCGCCUGCUGCUGCACAAGAUCCGGUCGCUGCUGUGGGCGCUGCGCCGGCGCGAGCUGCGCGCGCUGGAGCGGCUGCUGUGCUCCAACGAGGACGUCGCCAGUCUCUCCGCCCUCGACUUGCCGUUAGAGUCGGACACCGUGUCCUCGUACCCGUAUCCGGACAUCGGGGAGUUCGUGUCGAGGUUCUACCAGGACCACCAGCUGUGCCGGGACCUCUACACGCAGAGCUCCCGGUCGCCGACGAUGUCAAGCGCAGAGUGGCUCGCGGAGGCGGAGGCUGAGGUGGAGGUGGAUGCGGAGGCGGAGGCGGAGGUGGAGGCGGAGGAGGAAGCGGAGGAGGAGGCGGAGGAGGAGGAGGAGGAGGCGGGGGCGGGGGCAGAGCCCGAGCGCGCGCACGUCUGCCACGACGACAGAUCCAGAAAGCAGAGCAGAGAAACCAACGACCUGUCUUCGCUAAGAAAUCUAUCUACAAAUGGACUGAUGAUGUUCGAUCCGUUAGUCAUCAACGCCGCUUCCACAUCCGCCGAGAGACAACUGCCAGACCACGACCUCGUGACGUCACUCAACGAACAAGUCACGGAAAUUGCCGACCGACUGUCAUCAAUAGCCGCCAGCGAUGUCGAAAUCGAACACCAAAAACAUUCAUUUUCCACCAACGACAUGCCACUCAUAACUGAAGACACUGAAUUCCUCGGACCGAGAAAUGAACAACUCAGCUGUAUGCCCUCAACGAGCCACGGCUAUUUAAUACCGAACGCUAUAAGUCACGAGCCAGUGGUAAUGUCCUUAUCACAUAACAAUUCCGCAGUUUUUAAUUCAGAAGAAUUGGACAUCAACGGUGCAAUGAUAAACAAUGAUCUCUCACUCAUUAUCCCAGAUAGCAUUGACAGCGAAAUUGUAAAUACAAAUAUAUCUAUAGCUAAUGCAAAUUUAAGCUCUUUACUGUUGACGAACGAAGAAUACAGGCAGAAUUUUCCGGAUGAAAAUAAUGAUGACAAUUCUAGUUUUCAUUCCGCCAAAAUGACCAUGGACAGGGAAGAUGAAAGGGUUAAAUUUAAGUUAGGAUACGAGAGUGACCACGAAUCGCCCGUCGAUUCAGGAGUCAGCACAGAAAACACUAGCUUAGAUAGAUCGCCGGACACAGAUCAGAGUAAGGACAUAAAGGAGAAUCAUUUCAUGCAUCAGAACAGGGUACUAGAUAGUCCUGAUGAGAAACACACCAAAAAUACUUUAGAAAGUUCCUUUUCCGAUGUCAAUAAUGACACUGUUAAUAUUAAUUAUGUAGAAGAAGAUGCUAUGAAGAACGAAGCUGGGUCGUCGAGUAUAGAUGUAUUGAAUAGGUUAAGUUCUGACGAAGAAGGUCUGAAUGAGGCCGCCAAUAAUAAGAUUCAAGACUGGGGUGCGAACGCGCCAGAAGGAGAAUAUAUGACCAUAGAUGAAGUUAUUACAGAAUUAAGAAGACAUAGAGAAUCGGAUAAGAAGAUUAGUUCGCUAGUUGAUGACAAUAUUAGUUCUAGUGGGGCGAAUACUUCGCAGAGUUCGUCGCGGGUGAAGAAAAGGAAGAGUGGGAGUAAGAGUAAGAGAAAGAAAAGCAAAAUGUGGUCGCCCGCGAUUGUCUUAUUGGAUAGCAGGGCGGCGCAGAACAAUAAUCCUUUGAGGUUGAAUUUGGACCACUUUGUGGACGAGAGUGGCACAUCGUGUGGUGCUUCAGAAUGUGCGGACGACGAGCAAAUAGCUCUGGCGCUACAAGCGCAGGAGUUGGCGGCCAGACAACAGGCCAGGGGGAAAUUCAAAUCGAGCGAAGAUCUGAUCCACCGUUUGUUCGUCUGUAUCGCGGGAGUGGCGGACCAGCUGCAGACCAACUUCGCGGCGGACCUCCGGAACAUACUCAAGUCCGUGUUCCUCAUGAACCAGACGCCGGACACUGCGGACACUGCGGACACUGCCGACACUACGGACACUACGAACAAACCGGACACAAUAGAGUAUGAGGCAACUGAGGACCAAGUGAUGCAGAAUGGCAGUUCGUUCGACAGCGUGUACUCCGCGGAGGAGGUGUACGCCGACAGCACGUCGGACUCCAGUCGCUCGGAGCCGCGGCGGCAGCUGCAGCCCUCCGUCUCCACUGGAGACUUGACUUAUACAGCGGCGACGGCGACGGCGACAGCGACGCCGGAGCGCGCGCCGGAGUGGGUCCCGGACAUCGCAGCCGCGGCCUGCAUGCGCUGCGCCGCGCACUUCACCGCCUUCCGGCGUCGGCACCACUGCCGGAACUGCGGCAAAGUAUUCUGCGCGUCGUGCAGCUCCAACUCCAUCCCGCUGCCGCGCUUCGGGCAGCUGAAGCCCGUGCGCGUGUGCGACGAGUGCCACUCCGCCAACCGCGGUCGGUGAGCGCUGCAACUAUACUAUAUCCCUCUCUUUCCUAAAACAGUUGAAGCAUACUCAAGCUAAAUGUUUUGUCUCGUCGAAUGUUUUACUUUUUUAUGAAUAACAUAGGGUAUAACAGAGAAAAGAAAAACAAAGAUAACUAUAGACUAACCCUCUUGUGUUUAGUCUCUUUCUGUCAAUGUCAAAUAUGAACAAUGAAUGAAAUGAGAUAGUGUCGUUACAUACAGUUUGUCAAGAAAGUGAAGAAAUUAUAUGUCCCUGUCUCCUGUUAAUAUUUAUAUUAUUGACCAUUUUAUUUGGUGUAAUGGCAAAAAAAUGUAGAUCGUCAGAAAUCCGUUUUCUUCAUUUUCAAGAAAGUCUGUAUUUUAGCUUGAAGUACGCUUUCUUUUUAUGAAUACAAGGGUAUGAAUACAGAAUAAAGAAAAUUAUAUACUUCGUGAUUUCUUUUGUUACAAGAAUAAAUAAUGUGGAUUAAUAAAAAUA